GGGGAGGGGAGGGGGGGGUCCGACUAUAACAAAAAAAAAAAAAAAUAUAACACACAUAUGCAUGCCCAGGCCGGUCAUAUGCCGAACCUAGGUAUUUUAGUAACCAUCUAGCUAUAUAUCUACACAUCUCAAAAUGCCUAUUUUACUUUUCCUGAUAGACACGUCCGCUUCUAUGAAUCAGCGCACUUAUUUGGGUACGACGUAUCUGGACAUUGCUAAAGGCGCGGUUGAGAUCUUUAUGAAGCUGCGUGCCCGAGACCCGGCUAGUAGAGGCGACAGGUACAUGCUAGUUACAUUUGAUGAUCCACCAUACGGAGUAAAGGCUGGCUGGAAAGAAAACCAUGCCACAUUCAUGAGUGAACUGAAGAACCUGCAGGCGUCCGGACUGACCACUCUGGGUAACGCUCUCCGAGCAGCCUUCGACCUGCUCAAUCUCAACAGAUUGGUCUCAGGCAUCGACAACUAUGGCCAGGGUCGGAACCCUUUUUUCCUGGAGCCGUCAGUCAUCAUCACCAUAACUGACGGGAACAAGUUAACGCACAGCUCUGGAGUGCCGGACGAGCUCCACCUGCCGCUCAACUCUCCGCUGCCAGGCAGUGAGCUGACCAAGGAGCCGUUCCGCUGGGACCAGCGGCUCUUCGCUCUGGUGCUGCGGCUGCCCGGGGCCGCCGUGCCCGACAGCGAGCAGCUCGGCAGCGUGCCCAGCGAUGAGUCCGCCAUCACCCAGAUGUGCGAGGUCACUGGAGGUCGGUCGUAUUGUGUUAGAACACAAAGGAUGCUCAACCAGUGUCUGGAGUCUCUUGUGCAGAAGGUCCUGAGUGGAGUUGUUAUUAAUUUUGAGAAAACCGGUCCAGAUCCACCUCCUGUAGGUGAAGAUGGUUUGGUGGAUCCAGCACGGCCGCUGUCGUCCUUCAGCCCUCAGCCUUGGCACAGCUGCCACAAGCUCAUCUACGUGCGGCCAAACCCCAAGACCGGUGUCCCUGUGGGCCACUGGCCCAUCCCUGAGUCCUUCUGGCCUGACCAGAACUCUCCCACCCUGCCUCCACGCUCUGCCCACCCAGUGGUACGCUUCUCCUGUGUCGACUGUGAACCCAUGGUGAUAGACAAGCUGCCCUUCGAUAAGUACGAGCUGGAACCCUCACCUCUCACCCAGUACAUCCUGGAGAGGAAAUCACCUCACAUGUGCUGGCAGGUGUUUGUGAACUGCAGCGGCAAACACAGUGACGUGGCCCAGCCGUUUGGCUACCUGAAAGCCAGCACCACUCUCACCUGCGUUAACCUAUUUGUCAUGCCUUACAACUACCCAGUCCUGUUGCCACUACUUGAUGACUUGUUUAAAGUGCACAAGCUGAAGCCAAACCUUAAGUGGCGACAGGCCUUCGAGAUCUAUCUGAAAUCUAUGCCUCCUUACUUUCUGCCGCCCUUAAAGAAGGCACUAAGGAUGAUGGGAGCUCCAAAUCUCAUCUCCGACAACAUGGACUGUGGCCUCAGUUACAGUGUCAUUUCCUACCUAAAGAAGCUCAGCCAGCAGGCUAAAAUAGAGUCGGACCGGAUGAUCGUGUCAGUUGGUAAGAAGCCCCCUCAGGAGACAGGCAUCAAGGUGAAGAAUCACUCAAGCACGCUGUCUUUGGCACACCGUCGCGACUUCAAACAGCUACUGCAGGGCAUCACUGGCGAGGUGCCCCUCCGACUCAAUGACGUCAACUUCAAAGAGUUCGCUGGCUUCCAGAUCGCUCUUCUCAACAAGGACGUAAAGCCCCAGGCCUAUCGGAAUGCUUAUGAUAUUCCACGGCAAAACCUUCUGGAUCAGGUCACACGGAUGCGCUCCAACCUUUUGAAGACUACACAGAAGCUCAUCAGAGGCCAAGAUGAAGAUUACCUGCAUAGUAUUCCUGUGGGUCAGAUGGGGAACUAUCAGGAAUAUUUGAAGAUGAUGCCAUCUCCUCUGCGUGAGAUUGACCCUGAUCAGCCCAAACGCUUGCACACGUUUGGAAACCCAUUCAAACAGGACAAGAAGGGAAUGAUGAUCGAUGAAGCAGAUGAGUUCGUUACAGGCCCUCAAAACAAGAAAAGAGCAAACCCCGGAGAACCCAGCUCAGGUUCAGCUCCAAAAAGGCGGAGGAGCAUGUCCCCUCUGCUACGCCGACCCCAGACUCCACCCAUCAUCACCAACCAUGUGUUAGGCAAGGGGCCAACGGUAGUUUCCAACCAACAUGGCCUCAUUAAACCCAUCCCGCUGCACAAAGGAGUGGAGGGGAACAGCGUAGUAGGUGGUACCGAGAGCAAUGGUGAGAGAGUGUUGAGUGCAGAUCCUGGAGAUGGCUGGUCUGAAGGUGUGGAUGGAGUGGGUGGAGGUACUACAACACUGUCCCUGGAAGAGAGAGCAGGAGCAGGUGUCACUGAUGGCGGAGAGGACAAAGCACCACUGGAGAACAGUUUGGGGGAGGACUGUGUAGAUGACAGGCCCUCCGACCGGCCACCAAACUGUGAGAGUUUAAGUCCUCCAGACCAAGAGACAGUGAUGGAUGGAAACGGAGCAGAUUCCUCUACACAGGCCACUAUCAUCAUGAUACCCCUGGAGGGAAGCAAUGCAGAGUUACGUACGCGGGUCAUCAAAGAGGUCCGAAAGCCUGGCCGCAAUUAUAAGGCAGUAUUCAGGCUGCUAGGGGAGGUGAAAGGGCCAGUGGCUGUGCAGAGGUACUUCAUUUAUCAUGCCAUCAAAGAAGCAGCCAGGUUUAAGAAGCGUGUACUGAUCCAGCAGUUGGAGUCUGCUCUGGAGGAGAUUGAGGAGAGGCAGAUGCUGCCAGCACAAGUGAACAAUGUCCAUGGCAGAUAGUGAAAUGUCCUUGCCCUCUAGAGAGGUGGCAGAGUGGAAGCAUUUAAAGAGAAGCUUGAGGAAGCAAAAUCUAGCUCAGUUCUUCUUUCAUGUCUCAGAUAGUUUUCACAUUAAAGAAGUUACAGAUUUUACAGCAUAAGAAGUUUUAAGUGGAACACACCUGUCCCUCAUCAUUUGACCGCACCAGGCAGUCCAUGAAUAUGCACUCUCAAGCAAAGGCAAGGUCACUGUGUUGUGAAAGAAUAGCUGAGGCCAUAUGAAGCAAUUAUGUCUGUCCACUGUUGUAGACAUCCGUACAUAGUUAUGAGUAGAGGACAGCAUAAGGGGUCUCUGGUGGGUAUGUGUAUGCAAGGAAAUACCAACAGCUCAUUAGGUUCACGAAUAUUUUAAACUACUUCAAACCAUCGUCAAGCCACUAUCCUAUUAUAGGCCACUUAAGAGCAAUAAUCUUGAUGCUGUCGGUCCGCCAAGAUCAGUUUUCCUACAUGCGUUCUUGGGAAUAACACAACUGUAGGUGUUACUCAAGUGUUCUUGAUGCAAGCUAAUGCUCGUUUGUUGCCAUCCAAACCAGAAUGUGUUGGUAUGAGAUCUGUGUAGGUGGUUUGUUUCUGUGUUUAUGGUAACUUGCAAUGUCUAGCAACACAACAGGACCAGUCCGUUUGAUAUGAAGAGCUUCACCAGGCCGUUCAAAUCAACAUGCAACAUAUCUUUUAAGCAAUAGGAUCCGAUGAACACUGGGAAACGUUGGUCAGUCCAGCUAUUGAACUCGGCCUGUUGGUCCAUCAGCCGGCCACACAAUGCCACUUUUAUUCAAACUGCAAGAAAAGUAUGUAGUUGUUCGGAAGGUCUACACCCACUCAGACUCCACCUGUUCCCCCCCAGAGCAGUUGCUAGACUGUCAUUGGCUUCUCUUCACAUGCAAAAGCUACCUUAGUGACCACAUUGUUGUUCAUUUUGUUUAUUUUUAAAAGCAGAUGUAUACAACUUUUUGAUGUUCAUAAAUAAUAUAGAUUA